AGUUCACCUUUCACCCUUUGCUGCUCCGGACAAACGCUAGCGCAGGAGGAUUUUGUGGAGAUAAAGAUCAACACUAGAAGCAGGCAUGGCAAAUGCGGGAAAAUGGUCUCCAAUCAGUGUUCCUAAGGAACUACGUAAUGGGUCUUCUGAUGGAGUUUCAUCUGACAGGGAUCCGGACAUGAUAGAAGACCAGGUGCCAGCAAGCCAAAACAGUUUGGGAAGUCAUUUAGAAGCUGAUGCUGAUAAAAAAUCCCAUGUUUGUGAGGAUUGUGGUUACAGGACAUCCUGGAAGUCCCACUUAUUCCGACAUAUUAAAACUCAUACCGGUGAAAAACCCUACAAGUGUGACCAAUGUGAUUAUGCUGCUGCACAGAAAUUCACUUUAGACAUCCAUCUUGCAAAACACACCGGUGACAAACCCUACAUGUGUGGAGAAUGUGGGUAUAGAGCACCACAAAAGUCUGACUUAUCGAAACAUAUGAGAACUCAUACCGGUGAAAAACCCUACAAAUGUGACAAAUGUGAUUAUUCUGCUGCACAGAAAUCCAAUUUAGACAUCCAUCUUGCAAAGCACAAAGGCGGCAAACCCUUCAUGUGUGGGGAAUGUGGGUACGGGACAACAACGAAGGCUGGCUUAGCGAAACAUAUGAGAACUCAUACGGGGGAAAGACCCUACAAGUGUGACCAGUGUGAUUAUUCUGCUGCACAAAAGUAUACCUUGAACCGGCAUCUAGCAAAACACACAGGUGACAAACCGUUUAUGUGUGGGGAAUGUGGGUACAGGACAGCUCAAAAGUGUGACUUAUGCAAGCAUAUGAGAAGCCAUACCGGUGAAAAACCCUACAAGUGUGACCAGUGUGAUUAUUCAGCUGUACAGAAAUACAAUUUAGAGAUCCAUAUUGCAAAGCACACCGGUGAGAAACCCUACAUGUGUGGGGCGUGUGAGUACAGGACAGCUGAUAGGCGCCACCUAAACAGACAUAUGAGAACCCAUACUGGUGACAAAAACUUACAAAUGUGACCAGUGCGAUUAUUCUGCUGCACAGAAAUCCACAUUAAAUCGCCAUUUAGCAAAAAUUCACACUAUAAGGACAAUUUGUAUGGGAAACUUAACUAAAUGACAUCAGCGAUAUCUUACAUUGUAUUUUUCUGAACCGAUUUAGGAGAGAAAAUUUUGUAAGAGUGAGUGGUGUUAGUAAUAAUUAGCUUAUCAGAUGUUAUCUGUCUCUAAGCUAAAGACGCUGAUGAGAAGCUCUAAAUGUGCGUAUUUGAUUUUAAAGCACACGUAAAAUGUUACAACAGAAGUUUUUUUGUGUAUUCGUUUUUGAGAACAAGUGUCCCAAACUGAUGUCUCAUCGGACAAAGUCAAAAUUCUGGACACUGAUCAGGACUACUUUUGUAAUAGGUAUAAAGGAGGCCAUUCAUAUAUACACCAGGAUACUCCAGCCACGUACGGCUGAACAGAGACGGUGGGCGUUAUAAACUUCCUGGCACAUUUGUCCACUUACUGACGACACAUACCCACGACGUUACCUGUUGUAUUACGUUCUGUAAUGAUUGAUCAUCAGUAUUGAUCCUGCAGAACGCUACAGUGGUCGUUGAAAAUUUGAUCCGUGUGUACUUUUGUGUUUGAAGAGUUUAGUCUUGUACCAUGGUGUCUAAAAGUAAGUAUUUUUAGUUUUAGUCGGAAUAACAGCUGUACAGUGUAACAAGAAGUGAAAGAAUGUGAUGCUUAUUUUAACUCUUAUAUGGUAACCUAUACAAUAUACAUUAUAUACUAGUAUAUAUUUUAGUAUAUUAAUGAUUAUGAUUAACCUGCGUUGAAUGUUUUAGAAAAAAAUAUAAUGGAAGUUUGUGUAACAUGAAAUGUAGUUUCUAUGACUGAUAGAUAAUGUAAAUAUAGUUGAGUUACUUUCAGUUAUAACUGGCAUAGAUAACGUGGGCUAUAGAGCUCAGUUAAUUUAAGCUAUCAAAAGUACAGGUUAUAUUAUAUUUUUAUGUGUCGACGUUUUAAUUUAUUGUCUCUGCUAUAUAAGGUCAGAUCUUUACCAGUUGUUAUU